GCGGCAGGCCGGCGGGCAGGCUCGGCGUGUCCCUUCCUUCCGGCCCGUGCCGGCGGCGGGGAGGCGGCGCGCGGCCCGUAGCCCGCCCAUGGAGGCUUUCCCCUGGGCGCCCCGCUCGCCCCGCCGCGGCCGCGCCCCCCCGCCCAUGGCGCUCGUGCCCAGCGCCCGCUACGUGAGCGCCCCAGGCCCGGCGCACCCGCAGCCCUUCAGCUCCUGGAACGACUACCUGGGGCUCGCCACGCUCAUCACCAAAGCGGUGGACGGCGAGACGCGCUUCGGCUGCGCCCGCAGUGGGAACGGCGGCGGCGGCUCCCCGCCCUCCUCUUCCUCGUCGUCCUGCUGCUCCCCCCACGCGGGGGCCGGGCCUGGGGCGCUGGGGCCGGCGCUGGGGCCGCCCGACUACGACGAGGACGACGACGAUGACAGCGACGAGCCGGGGUCCCGGGGCCGCUACCUGGGGAGCGCGCUGGAGCUGCGCGCGCUGGAGCUGUGUGCGGGCCCCGCCGAGGCUGGGCUGCUGGAGGAGCGCUUCGCCGAGCUGAGCCCGUUCGCGGGUCGUGCCGCCGCCGUGCUGCUGGGCUGCGCGCCCGCCGCCGCCGCCGCCACCACCAGCGAGGCGACGCCGCGCGAGGAGCGGGCCCCGGCGUGGGCGGCCGAGCCCCGGCUGCAGGCGGCCUCCGGGGCGGCGGCCGCCCGGCUGCUGAAGCCCGAGCUGCAGGUGUGCGUGUUCUGCCGGAACAACAAGGAGGCGAUGGCGCUCUACACCACCCAUAUCCUCAAGGGCCCCGACGGGCGAGUGCUGUGCCCUGUGCUGCGCCGCUACACAUGUCCCCUGUGCGGCGCCAGCGGCGACAACGCGCACACCAUCAAGUACUGCCCGCUCUCCAAAGUGCCGCCGCCGCCCGCCCGCCCGCCGCCCCGCAGCGCCAGGGACGGCCCGCCUGGCAAGAAGCUGCGCUGAAGGCCCGGGCUCACCCAGGGUCGCCGCCGCCCCUCGCACCGCUAGGUCUGCGCACCAUCUCGCCCCCGCCGUGGGGAGGCGUGCGGCUCAGCGGUCGGCUCGACAUGGGACGUCGUCCUGGUGGUUUUUGAAAAGCAGCCGACCGUGUGGAGUACUUCCGUGCUGAACGAUUGGAACUAGACGUUGAAAUCCCCAUUUGUCUUCAGUUCCUAGUUUGCACAUCCAGAACGGCGAAGGCUGGGUGUGUAUUCCACUAACUGAAAUAUGGCAACUUAGAGGCGCUGUUUAUUUACUGUAUACGUCGACCUAUUUUAGAUGCGCAUCAAUAUGAAAUUGUCUCAAUCUUGGAUGUUUCAUUUUAUGAAUGGAGGCACUUUACUAGGUCUAGAAUAUUUUUUUAAAAGCCUCUGAACUGAGCUUAAAACUGGCGAUUUUAUGAAAUGUCGGCAAAUGACUAUUUUAUUGUUUGAAGCGAGUUAAUGUUCUCAGUUGUCCUUAAAAAUCAGUUACUCUAAUUCCAGGUGAAGCAAGCCGCUGGUAGCAUCACCCUUAUGAGAAGUGAAGGUUUUGUAAACUUUCCAGUAUUAAUUUGGGCGGGUAUUCCCUCCUUGUGGCUUGUUUCUGUCCUUGCUGGAGGUGUAAAAUGCACAAUGUGUAGCAGGUAGAAUACAGCUCCUUAUCGUUUUAUGUACCAGGUAUUUUAUUACUGAACUAGCAACUAGCCUUUUCCACCUUUAAAAGUUGUGCCAAGUCAUAAUCAUAUCGUGUAUCACUUGGAAAUGGUGCUGUUUAAAAAAAAUGUGUAUUUAUACAGUAACAGUAUGAAUUCAUUAAUCUCACCUGUAACUUUCCUACUUGGCCUUUUCUCUACACACUCGCCCACUUCCAGUUCUUUAAAAACGUUUACGAUAUUAAGAUCAAAGGGAGGAAGGGAAGACAGCAGUACUAAUUCACCCUAGAUUGCUCAAUUUCAGGGUUCCUAGUGGAGGAAAGCCCAUUCCAGCUGUUGCCUCUCAAAUAGAAGAUGGAUCUCUAGCUCUGAGCUAUUCGUGUAUUAACUCGUAUUCAAGAAGGUUCCACCGUGGGCUGCGUCUGACUUUAAUACAGGCAGUGCUCAAACUAGAAUAAGCACUAAUGAAAGGAAUUGUUGGGGGUCCUUCAUGUUACCACUCCUACUGGAAGACCCAUGUCCGUUUCCGGAACCCCACCAGUUUACCCAUAAGCAAGACUAAACCUGAUCCUUCGGCAAAAGUUCCUAACCCCUACUUCCCCCCCGCACCCUCACUUUUAAAUCCGCCAUACUGAAUGCCACACUAUGGAAUGCAGCUACCUGCCAAUCAAGGCAAUAGAAGGCAAAAAAUAGAAGUGAAUUAAGAUGAACUCAUCUGAAAUACACAAAUGCAUUACUAUCUGAAGAUACCAGCAAGAGAUUUAGUCUACGUGUAUAAGGCUCCCAGUAGGAUUUAGCUAGGCUACUAGAAGUUAGACUGCUUUCAUGUUAAACAGCUAACUUCCUCCACAGCAAAUUGACUCAAUCAGGAACCUUCAUUUGAAGGUGUGUUAGAGGGUGGGGUAAAUACCUGAUAGCUUUUUUGGUCAAAGAAAAGGUGCAUAUCAAGAACUUGGGGGCAGGGGGAAAGCACAGUUUCUUAGCCAGGAAAGAAUCCAAAGCUGCUAGUCUUAACCCCAGACCAGAGAACUGCAGAUCUGAUUGGGCCUAAAUUAAGUAGCUUAAUGAAACCAUGUAAUUACUUGUUCUCCUUUCUUUUGCUAGAAAAUAUACCAGUUUAAAUGAGCUUCACCUUCUGGGUGAAGUUUCUAAGGUCAACAUGAAUCCUCUUACCUCUCCCACUGCUCGUGUUCUGCCUUUUCAAAAGGACCACUAUGAACAGAAAAGCGCAUUCUCUAGGCCAAAAGGGCUAGCCAGGUGGCAAGAUCAAUUUAGCUACUUUGUAUUUUCACUCAAAUUACAGACGGUUUCCAAAGGUCUUGAACAUGAGGCUUUGGCAUAGCCUCAAUAUAUGGGAGUCACUGUGAUGAGAUGUGCCUAAUGUUAAAAUUUGAUAUUCUGACACUGCUACUAUUUUACCAGAACUAAGAAUAUAUUGAGCUGGAGCUUCCUGAGAGCAGGAGAGUAUUGGAAAAGGUAUCCAGAAGAUCCUCUCGCCAACUACUCAGGCAGCCACUAUUCAUCUAUUUUUAAAGUACCCCAUUUUCAGGCCAGGCGUGGUGGCUCAUGCCUGUAAUCCCAGCACUUUCGGAGGCGAGGCGGGUGGAUCACAAGGUCAGACCAGCCUGGCCAACAUGGCGAAGCCCCGUCUCUACUAAAAAUACAAAAAUUAGCCGGGUGGUGUGGUGGGCGCCUGUAAUCCCAGCUACUCAGGAGGCUGAGGCAGGAGAAUUGCUUGAACCCAGGAGGUGGAGGUUGCAGUGAGCCCAGAUCGCGCCACUGCACUCCAGCCUGGGCAACAGAGCAACUCUUGUCUCCAAAAAAAAAAAAGUACCCCAUGUUGAGCCCCCGUGCCAAAUUUUCCUAGGUUUUCCAGCUGACAAUACUGGGAGUUAAAACGCAGAGUAUUACUACAGUUAAUUUUCUAGGGUUCUCUUAUGAAAAGUAUAUGUAAACACAUUAAUUUAAAAAUCCUUGGAACUCAAUGUGAAACUUUAAACAUUUUGCAAAAUUACAUUUAGAGAAACCCAAUUUUUCAAAGUUUAAGAAAUAUACAAAAUAUGACAAAAUUAUCUUCAUAAGAACAUGCUGCAUACUUGGCUAAGUAGCAAAACAAUACAGGGAAUAGUCAAAAGGGCUUCUCCAACUGUAGAGGUACAGACUGUCUUAACCUGUUCUUUUCUGUACAGACUUAAAAUUUCUAAUAGCUUUUUUCUUUGUAUUUUAAUUUUCCUACAAAGUCCUUUUUGGAAGUUGCAGAAUUAUUAGCUUUGAUGAGAACAACUUUUGUCAUAGAUUUGAUUUAUUAAACCAAAAUUAUACAUAUUAAAAUUAUAUCACAAAUAUAUAUGCUUCCAGACAAAGAAAAGUUUGUUAGUCCUGAUUUUCUAAUCGUGGCCACUCAAGGAACAGUCUUUUCAUAGUACCCCAUAUAUUUCAAUUAGACUUAUAAAAUUAUAAAUCAAUCUAUGGUCAGUGUCUUUGGUUAAAAAAAAAAAAACCACAGGCAGUUCUUUACAUAAAAACGUCCCACACAUUAUAGAUGCCAACCACCUCCUGGUAGCCACUAUGGACAACUAAUGAGAUGCAGAGUCUUUUUUGGACCGAUGAUGUCUCUACUACCGGAUCUAUCUGUAUUAACAGCAAUGUUACUCUCAGUGAAACUGCAGAAGCCACCAGGAACACGGAAGACCACCUAGCAGAUCGGUGAGUAGGCUGCUUGUUCAGCUUUCCUUUAAUACCUGUUGGUAAAUACUAAUGGGAGUAGACAGAGUUGUAUGGCCUGGACAGUGGAAACCAAGAGCAGGAUCGCAAAGUAACAGCAUCAGACUCUUCUGCCCUCCUCUUGCACUUGGGUUCUGACUCCCAGAACAAAGAACUUGGGAGAACAGUACGGGAAACAGCAGAAAGGAUGGGUUUGCUGACUAGCCUUGAAACCUAACUCUAACGUAGGCAGCAGUAACUCAUCUGAACAAAUCUGAUUAAAUAAAUUGUUGGGGCUUACCUGUGAUGUCACAUGUACAGAUCUACUCUCCAGGAAGCAAACUCUUAGCAGGUUACUGCCCCACUUAUAAUCACUGAUCUGAAAUUCUCUUGUUAUGAAAGAAAAGUCCUUCUCCCCACGAAAGACCUUUAAAGACUUCUACGUAUUUGAAAUACCAGAUACUAAGAAAGGUGUUUAAAAUGAUUUCUAUCAUUGGUAACAUCAAACAAAAAAGGCUGCAUCAGGUUAAGUUAAAAAGCAUCAAUACUCCCUCUUCUGGCCCUACAGCUGUACCAAUAGGAAUUAUCACCACUACUCAAUAACAGAAAUAAUAAGUGCCUACAGCCAUGAUGAAUUUGUAACAUUUUCUCAAAUUAACUAUGAUUUUUCUAAUUUCAGGUGAAAAUCCAAGGUGGUACUUCAAACACGCACAUGCACACACAAACUCAGAGGACAGCGUUACAAGGAAACUAAGAAAUUCCUGCAUUAACAAAGGAAGACAUGUUAGGGGGACAUCCUAGCCACAUAUGCUUUCUUUGUUAUAUUUAGGUUCAUUUUCAUUGAUAGUAAACACAGACAUUUAAUGGCACUGAUAAAAAUUCAAGUAAAAAAACUCAACUGAAUAUGCAAACUUACCAUUAUAAACAAAAUACUAUAACCACAAAUCAACACUAAAACAAAUUCUGUAAGUAUUUUAUUUAUCACUGAAGAAAAAACACAGCAGCAAGUUCUGUGUUGGCUUCAAUGAGACCAAAUAGUUAAUCUUUAACAUAGCUACUGCACUCCAAAAUUGAAGUCAACACAGUCAUUACUACAAAUUACUUGUUGAAAGAAUCUAUCUUCCAGAGAAAGAAAAUUAGGAAAGAGAAUUUAAACGAUUCCUCCAAACCAUACAUUUAUAAAUAUUGUCAUAUUUAAAAUGCUUGAAAGGCAUGAAUUCUCCAUUAAUGGAAAAGCAGUUUGCUAUUGGCAACAGAAAAAAACUCAGCGAUAGUUUACCAAAUGCUUUAAAAUUUAAAAGCUAUACUGUUUGGAUUCACACUUGUCAUGACAACAACUGCAAAUUGCUUUGUACUCACCUUCUCUCAAGUAAAAUCUAAAAACCCCACCGUAUCCAAUGUUUGUAAUGUUUACUUCAAGUGAAUCUAAAAAAUUUCUAAAUUUAGUUUAUGGUAAAUACCUCAAAAUACCUAAAA